GCCGAGAGCCUUCUUCACCAGCUGAGCCCUGUGUAUUCAUUUCUCUGAAAGAGUGCAGCAGAACGCAAAUGGCAGCUCUUGGUUUAGAGAUCUUGGGCCUCGUAUUGGCCACUAUAGGCUGGAUUGUUGGUAUUGCAUCCUGUGCUUUGCCAAUGUGGAGGGUGACCGCUUUCAUCGGUUCAAACAUUGUGACAGCACAGAUCAUCUGGCAGGGCAUCUGGAUGGAUUGUGUGGUGCAGAGCACAGGCCAGAUGCAGUGUAAGGUCUACGACUCUAUGCUGGCACUGCCCGAAGAUCUUCAGGCAGCUCGAGCUCUGUGUGUGAUUGCCAUCGUGCUGGGUGUAUUGGGAAUCUUCGUCUCUGUCACAGGGGCCAAGUGCACCAACUGCAUAGAAGAUGAGCCCACGAAGACCAAGGUAAUAAUCGCUGCUGGUGUGACAUUUAUCUGUGCCGGUGUCAUGGAGUUGAUUCCCGUGUCCUGGUCAGCGCACACGAUCAUCAUGGAUUUCUACAACCCAGUGAUAACAGAGGCACAGAAACGAGAACUUGGAACCAUGUCUGCUGGCCUGGAGCUGAUUGGGAUUGUACUGUGUGUGCUAGGAUGGCUCCUGGCAAUUGUCUCCUGCGCUCUGCCCAUGUGGAGGGUCACGGCCUUCAUCGGGAGCAACAUUGUGACGGCUCAGAUCUACUGGGAUGGCCUGUGGAUGAGCUGUGUGGUGCAAAGCACUGGGCAGAUGCAAUGCAAAGUCUACGACUCCACACUGGCGCUAUCCCAAGAUCUCCAAGCAGCCCGUGCCCUUACUGUCAUCUCCAUCCUGCUGGUCAUUCUAGCCAUGCUGGUGUCCUUCGCUGGAGCCAAGUGCACCAACUGCAUUGAUGACGAAUCAUCGAAGGCCAAAAUCAUGAUUGUGGCUGGAGUUCUCUUUCUUGUUGCCGGCCUCAUGCAGCUGAUCCCUGUCUCCUGGUCAGCUAAUACCAUCAUCAGGGAUUUCUACAAUCCCUUACUGAACAACCCGCAGAGAUGGGAGCUAGGGGCUUCGCUUUACAUCGGCUGGGCCGCCACAGCUCUCCUGAUGUUGGGUGGAUCGUUGCUGUGUUGCUCUUGUCCUCCAUCAAGGACGACUUAUUCAGCUUCCCGAUCUGCAGCUACUGCUGGGUAUGACCGAAGAGACUAUGUGUGAGUGGGGGAAAAGAAAACAAACCGCUUCAUGUACUGUCGCAUGUUCGAGAAAUCGGUACAGAAAUGCCUUCUCGGACUCAAUUACGGUGAAGAAAAGUGAUAUUUAAUUUGUUGAGCUCUGAAAAUGAGUGAUCAUUGUGUAACUGUAAAAAAAAAACAUUAUGAUGGCACUGGAGGAGAAUAUCACUGUUGACUACAGAAAGUUAGUUGUUUUUAUACUUUCUGUGAUUUCCAUGUAUUGUUUUUAUGUAUUUCAAAGAAUUUCAGUAUUUUAAGACGCAUUUUUUUAUGCUUUAGAAGAAGAACAGAGUCAUAGACAGUUCUGUACAUUGUAACUAGCCUUAUGAAAGAAACCUUGUGGUGCAGCAGUGUGGGAGGAAAGCCCACAGGUACAAAGUGAACAGCUCAUUGUGUACAGUGAAGCAGAGAAGAACAUUUGUGUCAAACUGUGCCUACACUGAAACUCACUAUCCUGAAAUGUGCAUGGCCUUUUUUUUAUCUCACGAUGAAAAAGACAAUAAACGUUUGUUGUGCAUAUAUUAAGUUGAAUGUAAUGUCACGAGUGUAAUGAUACAAUAAAUAUCAAUUUGGCUAGGC